AUGUCGGCGGCGGGCGCGGGCGGGCGAGCAGCGGGACUGGCGGCGGGGCUGGCGGGGCUGGUGGCGCGGCCGCUCGGCGCGGCGGAGCCGCUGUCGCUGGGCUCGCUGCAGGGGAAGGUGCUGCUGGUGGUGAACGUGGCGUCGCUCUGAGGCACCACCACCCGCGACUACCUGCAGCUCAACGAGCUGCAGCAGCGCUACGGGCCCCGCGGGCUCCAGGUGCUCGGCUUCCCCUGCAACCAGUUCGGCCACCAGGAAAAUGGCACCAACGAUGAGAUCCUGCCCAUGCUGGAGCACGUUCGUCCUGGCAACGGGUUCAAGCCCAAUUUCAUCAUGUUCGAGAAGUGCGAGGUGAACGGAAAGGACGCGCACCCGCUCUUCACGUUCCUGAAAGAGGCGCUGCCCUUCCCGCACGACGACCCCUCCUCGCUGAUGACCAACCCGCAGUACAUCAUCUGGUCCCCGGUCUGCCGCAACGACAUCGCCUGGAACUUCGAGAAGUUCCUCAUCGGCCCCGACGGGGUGCCCUUCAAACGCUACAGCCGGCGUUUCGAAACCAUCAAGAUCCAGGACGACAUCGAGUUGCUUCUGCAGAAGGCUCCCUAGAAAGUCCUCUGCCCAUUCCCCUCGCUCCCUGCUCCCCUCACUGUGCACCUGCUUAUUUUUCUCACAGGGAGCUGCUGCUCUGGCAGAAAUCCCAAUGUCUCGUGCAGGUUUUGCUUAUGAUGGCGCAUCUUCCAAAUCCUUGAAGUGUACCUGAUGUUUUCAAAAGUUGCACGGGAAUGUUUGGGAAGCUAAGCCAGGGCAAGCAGCUGUGAAUCUCAGUACCUUACUGUGAUUCUCUGAAUAAAAAAAUGUGUACUUUCUUUAA